AAUCAAUUGUCAAAUGCACAGUGAAGAAAACAAAUGGAUCAAUUCUAUAUAAAUAUAUAAUAAAUAAAACAAGUGCCAGCAUUUCAUAAUUAACUUUUUCAACAAACUAUCGGUCUUCUUCCUCAACUUCGCCGUCCGGCAGCCAAUUUCUCUGCCUACCAAUUUCUUUAUCAUUGACCUCUCCUCUACGCCUAAUAAACAACAAACCCUUAUCCUUCUUCCUCCAAAUUCCCAAUCGAUUUGUCUCUCGAUCCAUUAGAUUUCUUCCGAAAAACCUACAAUUUGCACCGAUUAAGCAGGUUUGGGAAUUACAGAUUCGAACAGUUCGAGAUGAAUAACCUUUUCUCGGGGUCCUGGGUUAAGGACCCAGGAUCUCCAGGCAGCAGCAUCCAGAUGACGCGCUCUAGCUCAGGAACAAUCGGCAGCGCCGCCGCUGCAGGCGGAGCCAACCUGAACAAAUUCUUCGACGACGUCGAAUCAAUCAAGGACGAACUCAAGGAAAUUGAGCGCGCUCAUCGCAGUCUCCACGAAUCCAACGAAGCCCUCAAAACCCUACACUCCACAGCAGCAGUCCGCGACAUCCGUACCCGGAUGGACUCUGACGUAGCCGUAGCCCUGAAGAAAGCGAAGGUGAUCAAGCUCCGGCUGGAAUCGCUAGACCGAUCGAACGCCGCAAAUCGCUCGGCGCCGGGGUGCGGGCCGGGGACAUCCACGGACCGGACGAGGACAUCUGUGGUGGCUGGGUUACGGAAGAAGCUUAGGGAUCAGAUGGAGGCGUUUGGGGAGCUGAGACGGCGAGCGGCGGCUGAGCAUCGGGAGGCGGUGGCGAGAAGGUACUACGCGGUGACGGGGGAGGAGGCGGAUGAGGCGGCGGUGGAAGCGAUGGCGGCGGCUGAGGAGAAAGGGGAGGGGAUGUUGAGGGCGGCCGUAGUGGGGGGUAGAGGAGCAGUGGAGGCGGCGGUGGCGGAGAUGAAGGAGAGGAGAGGAGCUGCGGAGGAGUUGGAGAGGAGCUUGGUGGAGCUGCAUCAGGUGUUUUUGGAUAUGGCGGUGAUGGUGGAAGCGCAAGGGCAUCAGAUCGAUGACAUCGAGAGUCAGGUGGGAAGAGCGAGAUCUUUCGUCGAUCGUGGAACGCAGCAGCUUCAUGAGGCGAAGCGGCAUCAGAGAAAUACGCGGAAGUGGACUUGUAUUGGGAUUAUUCUGCUGCUUAUUAUUGUGCUCGUCAUUGUUCUUCCGAUUGUGCUCAAGAAAUGAAGGUGGAUUAGGGUUAGCGCAUCAUCGGCCAUUGUCACCUGCAGCAAAGGAGGUUAUAUAGUUUAUUUUUCUUUAAUUUGUUUUUAAUUUAUCUUUAUUUGACACUAUUAUUAUGAUUGGCACCUAUAUUUAGAAAAAAAAUUGCUGAGUUGUGUGAUAGAGUUUUCGAA